UAGCGCCUCCCCUCCAUAUUCCUCCACACUUUCCAUUUUCGAUUUACUUCAUUCAUCCGCACUGCACACCUCGUCCACAGGCAUCAUGGUGCUCGAUUUAGACCUGUUUCGCACCGACAAAGGCGGCGAUCCUGAAAUCGUCCGGGAAACCCAGAGGAAACGGUUCAAAGAUGUGUCUCUGGUGGACAAACUGGUCGAGGCGGACAAGGAAUGGAGGAAAUGUCGCUUCACUGCAGAUAAUCUAAACAAGGCCAAGAAUCUGUGCAGCAAAGCCAUCGGGGAAAAGAUGAAGAAAAAAGAGCCAGUUGGUGAUGAUGACACUCUUCCAGAAGAGGCUCAGAAUCUGGAAGCCCUCACUGGUGAAACAUUAUCACCCCUUACAGUGACUCAGAUAAAGAAAGUGCGGUUAUUGGUGGACGAGGCUGUGCAGAAAACAGACAGUGAUCGGCUAAAGCUGGAGGCGGAGCGUUUUGAGUACCUGAGAGAGAUUGGCAACCUCCUGCAUCCCUCUGUGCCCAUUAGCAACGAUGAGGAUGCUGAUAAUAAAGUGGAACGCACCUGGGGUGACUGCACGGUGCAGAAGAAGUACUCUCACGUGGACCUGGUUGUCAUGGUGGAUGGAUACGAAGGUGAAAAGGGCGCCAUAGUGGCUGGAAGCAGAGGAUACUUCCUUAAGGGGCCUUUAGUUUUUUUGGAACAGGCUUUAAUUAACUACGCAUUGCGGAUCCUGUACAGCAAGAAGUAUAACCUCCUGUACACACCCUUCUUCAUGAGGAAAGAAGUUAUGCAGGAGGUUGCUCAGCUCAGCCAGUUUGACGAGGAGCUCUACAAGGUGAUUGGAAAGGGGAGCGAGAAGUCUGAUGACAAUACAGUGGAUGAGAAAUAUUUGAUUGCCACAUCGGAGCAGCCAAUCGCAGCAUUCCUGAGAGAUGAGUGGUUGAAGCCAGAGGACCUUCCCAUCCGCUAUGCUGGCAUCUCCACUUGCUUCAGACAGGAAGUUGGCUCUCACGGCAGAGACACGCGUGGGAUCUUCAGGGUCCAUCAGUUUGAGAAGAUUGAGCAGUUUGUUUAUGCCUCUCCCCAUGACGGCAAGUCCUGGGAGAUGUUUGAUGAGAUGAUUGGAACCGCUGAAGAGUUUUAUAAGACGUUAGGAAUCCCCUACCGCAUUGUCAACAUUGUGUCAGGUGCUUUGAACCACGCAGCUAGUAAAAAGCUGGAUUUAGAGGCUUGGUUCCCAGGCUCCCAGGCUUUUAGAGAGCUUGUGUCAUGCUCAAACUGCACAGAUUACCAGGCUCGUCGCUUACGCAUUCGCUACGGGCAGACCAAGAAGAUGAUGGACAAGGUACAGUGCUACUCUGCAGUUCAGAGUAAGGAUACUAGGUCACCUGUAUGUACUGUUUCAAGUUGGUUUCAUUGGUCAUUGUGUCUCUUACAGGCUGAGUUUGUGCACAUGCUUAACGCCACCAUGUGUGCAACCACUCGUGUUAUCUGUGCUAUCCUGGAGAACUAUCAGACAGAGGAAGGCAUCAUUAUUCCAGAGCCCCUCAAGGCAUUCAUGCCUCCAGGUUUAACAGAAAUGAUCAAGUUUGUAAAGCCAGCCCCCAUUGAGCAGGAGGCAACCAAGAAGCAGAAGAAACAGCAGGAUGGAGGGAAGAAGAAGAAACAGCAAGGUGGUGAUGCUGAUCUAGAAAACAAAGUGGAGAACAUGUCAGUCAAUGACUCCUAGACACCUUCAAUCCCAACCAAUCAUAAUGGUUCUUUCAAAGCCCUCUAUUUUACAUACCCCAUUCACAAUCAUUGUCCACUGAAAUUGUCACACUGUCAUGUCCCUGCCUCAGUUCACUUCCUCUGGGACAGUCCUACUAUGGCGCUAUCAACGGUGAUUAUGGUGUCAUGUUAAAUAAUCAUAUCUGAAGUCAUUCUCAAAUCAGUUUCCUACAGGGAUCUUCAAUUAAAAAUGUAUGGUGACCGAAUUUUGCUGUUGAAUUAAAGGGAACAUGCAUGGUCAUAAUAGUUAGUGCUGGGAUUAUUCUACAUCAGUGCCACAUUAGAGGUGGGAGUGAAUAGAAGAUCGGUUAUGGAUAAGAGACGGACCUAUUUCAAUAUCCUGACUUACAGUUAAUCUUUGCGGUAUAAUUAAAGUUAAGGUAAUUAUUAAUUACUGUGCACUUACUAUUGACAUUGUCACAAAUGUUAAAGCAGUCAAAAAUGCAGCUUCCUCUCAUUCACGUCCAUCUUUAACUUCAUAGAAACAUUACUACUUGUGAUUUGUCUGUAAAACAGGGAAUGUUAUUAUAUGUACAGUACUUGCUUAUGAUGCCUUGUGUCAGGAGUAUGAUAAUAAAUCAAUACCUGAAGGAGAA